AUGUUCCAGGCGCCCAGCCCACCGGAGCCAUGCAGACAAAAAGGACGGAGGCGCAGGGCACGCCUGGCCCGUGGGGCCGACAGCCCAGCCCCGGCCCCAGCCCCAAGGCCUGUGGCGGCCCCUGACAGCGGGGAACACCCCACCGGCGGCGGCCGCCCCUCCGAGGGAAGCGCCAUUUCGCCUCCCGCUCCCCCGCCGGUGCUCGGCCCCGAGUCCUGCGGCACUGCCGCAGAGCGCGGCGGGGGAGGCGCCGGCCCCACCGGGCCCCCCCCUUCCCCUCCACCUCAACCGUCCUCCCUCAGCCCUCCCGGGGGCGCCGCCGACCCGCCCCGGCCGAGCCCCCCGCCGCGAUGCCCGCCUUACCCUCCGCCGCAGCCGGGCUGGGAGCGCCGGUCGGCCCCCCGCGGAGGAGGAGGAGGAGGAGGAGCGGGGCAAGGGGCGGCGGCCCCGCGGGGGGAGGCGCCCCCGGAGGGGCGUCGGGCCCGGCCCCCGCGGGUGCCCGGGCGCGGCGGGCACAAAGGCGGCGGGGCACGGCACCUAAGAUGGCAGGGCAGGCGCGGCGGAGCAGCCCAGCCGCCGCCACCACCAACCACCACGGCCGCCGCCGCCGCCUGGGCCCCGCUUCGCCGAACCGCGGCCAGGCCGCGCCGCGGGGGCACGGCGUGCGGGAGGGCGGGCGGCGCCGGCCGUGCCUGCCGCGGCGGAGCGGGUCCCUUCGGCCGGGCCGGGCCGCGGCGGGAUAACCGCCUGCCUGCUCUGCCGCCUCCCCUCAGCGCCAACCGGGCUCCGGCUGCUCCGUCGCCGCCGCUCCGCGCUGCCCGCAGCCAGCGGCCCCCGCCCGCCCCUCUCGCGAGACUUCGCCGCCCUCUUCCCCCCCCACCAUCCGCGGACGCGCGGGAGGGGCGGGGGGCGGCGGUUGUGGGGAGGAGGAUGAGGAGGGGCGGGGCCGAGGGGCAGUUAUGA